GUUUUGCACUAUGCCAAGCCACAGCGGCUGUUAGUGCAAAAUACAGAGGAAUUCAGAACACAAUAGCAUUCAGAAGAAAUGAUAAUCCGAGCUCCUCACCCUCUAUCAUCUUUCUCUCUCCUCCGUUUUGCCGCCAAACCCAAACCCCUCUUUCCUCCUCACACCACCGUAUUCUCUCGCCUCUACGCUUCUUCUUCUGCGGUGGUUUCCGCGGCUGCUGAAACUUCCAUUGAUGCCCCUAUCACACUUCCUCAUCCUCCACAUCAUCAUCCAUGGCCGGAAUGGGUCGCCUUCGUCGACCGCUUGAAGUCGCAUGGCUAUUUCCCCCAGAAAUUGUUGUCUUCCGAAGACGGCGGUGACCCCGCUGAGUUUCGGUAUGGUGAAGUUAACGUCUUGAAGGACCCUUGCCUUAGCUUUGCUCGCGACCGCUACGACCUUUUCAGGUCCUUGUCGAUAGGUGAUAUUCAAAAUUUGGUGGAGGGUGGAUGUCCUAAAAUUCAACGCAAAGUUGUUAAUUCAGCAAAACGGCUAAGAGUAUAUGUGGGAUUGGAAGAGAAAAGUGUAUGUAAAAUCUGCAGUCUUCAAGGAUCUUGUGAUCGAGCUUUUGUAAUGCUUGGGGAAUCCGAGGGAGGUGCCCGAAUGGUGGAUGUGAUGCGCCUCUUAUUGACCUAUGCACUAGAUCCAAUAGUUACCUCUGGAGUAGCGAGUGCUCCUAAUAUUGAGCAGGCUGAAUCAGCUUCGAGGAGAUUAUUGAGCUUGUUGGUUAACUUAAGUGAAGCUUCUUCAGGUCUUGCUCCUCGGCAGUCCUCUGAAAAGCUUGUCUAUAAGAGGGAACAGUCUGUUAACUCUAGGGAUGCCUUGCUGUCUCAAGAUGUUGAGAAGAAUAAAGGGGAUUGGACAUGUCCUAAGUGCAGCUUCAUAAAUUUUGGUAGAAACAUUCGAUGCAAGAAGUGCAAGGAGGAGGGUCCUAGCGCUCCUAGGCGGGGUAGUCCUGUUGUUGAGAUGAAGAAAGGUGAUUGGAAGUGCCUCAAGUGCGAAUGCAUAAACUUUGCUAGCAGACGGGAUUGUUUUCGUUGCAAGGAUCCACGACCUCCAAGGGCUCUGGAACCGGGGGAAUGGGAGUGCUCCAAGUGUGAUUAUCUGAACUUCAGAAGAAACACUGCCUGUCUCAAAUGCGGAAAUGAACGCCGUCAAGCAGGAGUAUUGCUUGACUAGAUAUAGAAUAAGCGCACUAGCCUGGUGGUUGAUUAAAUAGGACAAGUCAACUUGUGUACGUCAAUGACAUAGAUAACAACACUGCAUUUGCUGCAACAUGGAUUUGCGGCUAUUGAAGUCUGGCAACAUUGUGUAAGAGACCAUGACAUUAAAGUUGAAGUAGUGCUGCUGUUGGUGCCUUAAGGUAGGUAGUGCUGCUGUAAGUUUAAAGGAAGCCUUUUGAGCUUUACAAACGGUUUUAAGUUUUUUCAAGUUGAAGUUCUGUCAAUUGUUUUGGCUGGGCAUGACAGUACUAAGCAGCGUAGUUUAUGCUCUUUCUAUGAUGUGUUAUUGCCCCAUGCGAGGAGGAUAGCAGCAAUAGAUACAUGGCUGGGAUGGUUACAACUCUUGUGUUUGUCUCGAGGUUUUCGUAGUUGCUUGGUAGUUGUAUUGUAAAUGAAUAAAUUUUAAACAGGAGCUUUUUUUCUGAAGGCAGGAACUGAUAUUGUCAAUGGUUUUGGCUGGAUUUAACAAAAUAUUGUUGAUUUUGUAGUUUC